ACCCUGAGAAGGGGCGGUGCUAGGGUUGGUGACCGGAAGCAGCUACGGUUCUCAGCAGUGGUUCAAUAGUUGUCGGGAGGAUCUCUUUGCACUGUGUCGGAGGGAUGUGGAGGUGAUGGGUCCCCAGGGAGGGUGAGUGUUGGGGAGUUCUGUGUGGUCAGUGGUAGAAUCGGUUGUCUAACCGUAGUUGGAUGAUUCGAUCAUUAUUUUCCUCUUCUGUCAACGUUAAGAUCCUGAACUUCACUCCAAGACCCACAAGGUGUACUAUAGAGUGAUUCAACAAUUUGGUUUCUUGGAGUCUCUGUUGAGCCCGUGGGCCAGACCCCAUAGUGGAGGCUGCAGAAACUUCCUUCCGGCCCCAGCAGCUCUGUUUGAGUCCACGGACCCCACCUGGCUUCUGGCUCUUGGGAGGAGCAUCAGGAAGAGAGCUGGAGGGCUGAGGCCCAGCGGGAACAUGCCAGCCAACCAGAGCUCUCCCGGGCCAUCUCUGGCUCUGGCUGUGGGGAGAUGUGACAACCCGUGUGAGGGCUCCGUGUCGUUCGAGGAUGUGACUGUGGACUUCAGCAGGGAGGAGUGGCAGCAGUUGGACUCUACACAGAGACGCCUGUACCAGGAUGUGAUGCUGGAAAACUACAGCCACCUGCUCUCAUUGGGGUAUGAAGUUCCCAAACCAGAAGUCAUCUUCAAGUUGGAGCAAGGAGAGGAGCCAUGGAUUUUGGAGAGAAAAACCCCACAUCAGAGCUGUUCGGAUGGGAGGCUUGGGAUUAAGACCCCACAAAGAAGAAUUUCUGGAAAAGCUUCAUUUCAUAGUGAAAUGGAGGGUGAAGAUACAACAGAUGAUUCAUUGUAUUCCAUUUUAGAAGAACUGUGGCAAGAUUCUGAACAGAUUAAAAGAUAUCAGGAAAAACAGAGCAAACCUCUGAGUCAUGCUGUUUUCAUCAAUAAGAAAAUAUUGAAUACAGAGUGGGACUUUGAAUAUAAAGACAGUGGAAAGUUUGUGCCUUCAAGCCCAAAUCGUAUUCCUUCGCAGAAAAGACCCCAUAAACGUGACUCAUUUGGAAAGAGUUUUAAGCAGAAUUUAGACUUACAUACCCCUAGUAAAAACAUUGCAACAAAGAAUUUUGAUAAAAAUAUUGGACGUGGUCAAGUUUUCACUCAGAGUUCUUCUUAUACUAGCCAUGCAAAUACUCCUACAGGAGGGCAAUUCUGUGAAAGUAAUCAGUGUGGAAAAGUCCUCAGCCUUAAACAAGCAUUCAGUCACAAUCUGAAAUUUCCUGCUGGGGAGAAAACAAAUGUGUGUACUGAGUUUGGGAAGAUCUUCACCCAGAAGUCACACCUCUUUGCACCCCAGAGAAUCCAUACUAUGGAAAAACCUCGCGAACUUGGCAAAUGUGUAAAUGUUUUUACACAGAAGCCACUACUCAGUAUAUAUCUGAGAGUUCAUAGAGACGAAAAAUUGUACAUAUGUCCUGACUGUGGGAAGGCAUUCAUCCAUAAUUCAGAAUUAAUUAUGCAUAAGAAAACUCAUACUAGAGAAAAACCCUAUAAAUGCAGUGAAUGUGGAAAAUCAUUUUUCCAGGUGUCAUCUCUACUUAGGCAUCAGACCACUCAUACUGGAGAAAAACUCUAUGAAUGCAGUGAAUGUGGGAAAGGCUUCUCCCUGAACUCAGCCCUCAAUGUGCAUCAGAAAAUUCAUACUGGGGAGAGACACCACAAAUGUAGUGAGUGUGGGAAAGCCUUUACCCAAAAAUCAACACUCAGGAUGCAUCAGAGAAUUCACACAGGAGAGAGAUCUUAUAUAUGUACUGAAUGUGGGCAGGCCUUCAUUCAGAAAGCACACUUGAUUGCCCAUCAAAGAAUUCAUACUGGAGAGAAGCCUUAUGAAUGCAGUGACUGUGGGAAGUCUUUCCCUUCUAAGUCACAACUCCAGAUGCAUAAGCGAAUUCACACAGGAGAGAAACCCUAUAUAUGCACUGAAUGUGGGAAGGCCUUUACCAACAGAUCAAAUCUCAAUACUCACCAGAAAUCUCAUACUGGAGAGAAGUCUUACAUAUGUGCUGAAUGUGGAAAGGCCUUCACUGACCGGUCAAAUUUCAAUAAACACCAGACCAUUCAUACUGGAGAGAAACCCUAUGUUUGUGCUGACUGUGGCAGGGCCUUCAUCCAGAAGUCAGAGUUAAUUACACAUCAGAGAAUUCAUACUACAGAGAAGCCUUAUAAAUGUCCUGAAUGUGAAAAAUCCUUCUCCAAGAAACCACAUCUCAAAGUACAUCAGCGAAUUCACACAGGAGAGAAACCUUACAUGUGUGCCGAAUGUGGGAAGGCCUUCACUGACCGGUCAAAUUUCAACAAGCACCAGACAAUUCAUACUGGAGAGAAACCCUAUAAAUGCAGUGACUGUGGAAAGGGCUUCACUCAGAAAUCAGUUCUGAGUAUGCAUCGCAAUAUUCAUACAUGAAAGUAACCCUGUUUCUUAAAAAUGAGAAAGCCUUAUCACAGAAGUCAGGUCUACAUGUGUAUUAUGAAAUCUAUCCAAGACAGACCCUACAUGAAUACACUGCAUAAUAAAAAGCAUUUUUCAGGCUCUUGCACCUGAGAUGAGAAAAACUAUUCAAGAGACCCUCUAAGAAUGCAUUGAUUCAAAGGGACUUUUCAUAUUUGCAUGGCUUCACAAAAUAGAAUCGAAUCCUGUCAGUUUGGGGAAAAUGCUGUCAGUUUGAUGCAUUAGGUAAAGCCUUCCUGUAGAAAGUGUGAUAAGGCAAAUUGUUACCCAAUUCUUUAUAGAUGGAGUGAGCAAAAUUAUGUAAAUGACAGUCAUGUUUACUGUGUUAUAUUAGGCAAUUUAAAGUGGCAACAAAGUGAAAGGAAGAACAACAAAAUAAUGUAUUUGAUGUGUAAACCUACACUCAGUUCUGUAGGGUGUUUGUGGCAGAACACAUUGCACAACAGAAGGAAUAAUUGAAUUGAAAUUCUUUUUUGAAUUUAAUAUAAUUGUGUCUGUCAAAUAUGUUUCCUAUUGAAUCCUCCCACGAAUCCACAGUUUUAAUGUCAUUAUGGUUUUAUAUAUACCCACAUCUGCAGAUAUACUCUUACGUGAACACAUAAAUAUAAUCCUAUCAUUCAUACUGGUUUCCACAACAUUCUAUUUUUAUCUUCUUUAAUUGUGGUACAAUGCAAAAUAGCCACAGACCUCUCCCAUCCUUUUAUGCACACCCCUUUGCAAUGUUACUCUUUUUUUCUUUUAUUAAGAGGCAGAACUCUGUCUACUCCUUGACUCUCGGCUUGGCCAUGUGAUUUGCUUUGGCCAAUAUACAUUAGCAAAGAGAUUCAAGAAGAGGCCUGGAGAAAGUCUGCCUUGAGGCUUAUCUUCUCUUGCUGCUCUUUGGAAUUCUGAGACCUUCCUGUGAAGAAACUCAAGAGUACUCAGCUGGAGGGUGAGAAGCCACAUGGAACAGAAAUGAGCCAGCACAGAUGAGGCCUCUUAGACCAACUGCCAGACAUGAGAGUGAGGCCUUCCUCAACCUCCAGCCCCAGCCAAACUGGCCCACACCAAAAGAGCCAUACCAGUUAACCAGGCCAACCAGAAUUGGGGGAUAAAUAAAAUGAUUCUUGUUUUAAGCUGCUAAGUUUUUGGUAGUUUGUUGCACAGAAAAUGCUAAGCAAUACCUAAAAGUGUAUGCUUGCAGAGGUAUUGUACCAAAACCUAAGACAUGUGGCAUUAGCUUUGGGCCUGGGCGGCAGGUGGAGACUGGAAAAACAAUGAGGAAAACUGUUAAGAAAGGCUGAAAAAGAUGGCAGCUUAUGUUAUUUACUAAGGAAAAGAAUAACAAAACAGUUACCAUGCUGUGUGAGAAGAUAGAGAAUAUACCAGAUGAACUUGUGGAUCUGGCUAAGGAGAUUUCCAACAGAAUGUUGGAAAUAUCAAUUGGCUUCUUUUUAGCUGCAUAUGGUAAGAUACAAAAAGAGAUGAACUAAGGAAAUAACUGUUCCAUUUGCAAGCAGAAUUCAGAAGAAAUAUUAAAAAAAGCCAGGACUUGCUGGGUUGGAAAAUAACUAUUUCUCACAUCUCCAGUCUCUCCGGACAUCAAAAUAUUCUCAAGGUGAAAAGUGGCCUCAGGGUAGAGAUCAAAUCAUGGGUGUGGCUAUAAGACCCUUUGUUAAAAUGUGUGGAAUAUUUAAGUUGGUGUUUGGGAAACUCUCUCAGCUAAACCAGAUGGCUUCUAAAAACUUCAUGACAUCGUCCAGUAACCUGACAUAUUGAUAAAGUAGAGAAGGGGCCUGUCUUAAAAAGAAUGGUCAGUGUGGCAUUUGGGGCAUGGAGUAAAUACAAACCAGAUUCAUAGAACACCUAUAAAGUUUCUAAUAGAGUUUUACUACCUCCAGGUUGGACUUAAAGGAAUUGAAACAGUCCAAAAUGAAAAGUGGUCUCUGGACUACCUUUUCUAACUUCUAUGAACAUGAAGCAAGCAGAGAAAGUUAUUCAGCUGCCAUUUCUUAUGGAAAAAGAAGGAUGUCUCAGAAAGGAGACCCAAGAACAAUAUAUUAAAAUGGACUGGGAAGCUGUUCCCAGGUAGAACUGUGACCCAAUCAAGAAACAUCCUGCCCCUGGAGCAGGGAGAUCUGACAACAUUUGCUCUGUGGGAUUUCAGAAUUAUUAUGGAACAGUGACUAAUAUGUGCCUCUUGUUCCUCCCUUCUUUUAAAUGAAAGUGUCUAUUGCAGUUCUCCAGUCCCUACCCUAUCUUUCCAUUUGUGUGUGUGUGUUUUGAGUGUGUGUGUGUGGGGGGGGGGGGUGAUGGUCAUAUAACCUACCAUUUAGCUCACAGGUCUCUAGAUCAAGAAACAAAUUGCACCCAAGGAGCUUCAGCCACAUCUGAACCUGAUACAGAAGACUUGAGGUCCUGGAUUUGAUGCCAUAAUUUGGGAUAAGACAUUUGGAGGUCUUGGAAUGAGGAUGAACAUAUUUUGCAUGGUGUGAUAUAUAAAUAGUGACCAGAAGAUAGAUUGUGUUAGAUAGAAAAACGUUACAAAUUUCUACCAUCCCUAUAUGUGUGUCCCUUUACAAUCUUUAUUUUGCCUUGUGUUUCAGUUGGGAUAACUUCUAUUAACCUAUCUUCAAGUUCACUAAUUUUAACCCCUUCCCUGUUAGGUCUGUUUAACCCCUACUUCUGUUAGGUCUACUGAUGAACCCAUGAAAGGCAUUCUUCAUCUCAGUUAUGUUUUCUUUUUUAUUUCUAGCAUUUCCAUUUGACUCUUCUAGUUUUCAUUUUUCUGCUGAAAUUCCCCAUCUGUUCAUACCUGUUGUUCACACUUCCCACCAUCCUCUCUAACAUAUGAAUCAUUGUUAUUUUAAAUUCCCUAUUUGAUAGUACUAACAACUGGGUCAGCUGAGUCUAGAUUUAUUUUUAUUGCUCUGUCUCUUAACAGAAGAUUGUUUAUUCUGUUUUGCAUCUAAUAAUUUUUGGCUGAAUGUAAGAUAUUGUAUGUAGGAGAGUAGAAACUGAGAUGAAUAAUAUUUAUUCCUGGAAA